AUGGCUGGCAAAAAAGGCAAGGAGGAGAGCAAGGGAGCGAAAGCCGAUGCCAAAGGGGGCAAAGGGAAGGAGUCGGCCAAGGGCAAAGGGAAGAAGGGGAAGAAGGAUGAGGUCGAUGAGCCGGAGGAGGCGUCAGACACCGAGCUGACGAAGGGUGAUGCCGUGGAGGGGGACGAAGAACAGGCAGAGGCGGCGCCGGUGGAAGUGGCCGAGGAAGCGCUGGGCAAGGGGAAGAAGGGGCAGGUGGAAGAGGAGAGCAAGGAGGGGGCCAAGGCAGAAGAUGACUCCGAUAAGAAAACGAAGAAGAAAGGUGUCUUCCAGCUGGCCGAUGCCAAGGGGAAGAAAGGGGCCAAGAAAGGUUUUGGCAAAGGCCAGCUGAAAAGGGCUGGCAAGGAGGCGAAGGAGGAGGCCGCGCCGGCGAAGGAGGAGGCCGAGCCAGCCCAGGAGGAGGCCGCGCUGAAGCCGAAGAGGAGCCUGAAGAGCACGUCCAAGCUCUUCCUGGGUUUCAAGAAGAAGGGGCCGAAGCCCUCCAAGAAGGGCCAGUUCAAAAACGCCUCCCGGUUCUUCUGGGGGCUGAACAAAAGCAGCACGAAGAAGAGGAGGAAGGCCAAGAACAAGGCGGUGCUGAAAUCCACCUCCAACCUGAUGGUGCGCUUUAAGGGCCUGGGGAAGAAGCAGAAAGAAGAACCUGGCAGGAGCCCAAAGAAACCUUCCUACCUGCUGAUUAAGCUGGGAGGGAAAGCUGAGGAGGGCGCCGGGUCCUCUGGCAGCCCGCUCCCUCCCGCAACAAAGGAGAAAUUCAAGCCCCGAGCUCAGAUCCUGAGCAAAGUGUCGGCCGCCACUAGCUGGCUGACCAGAAAGUUCCUCUUCAAAGAGGACGACCGGCUUUCCUCCCAGGAGAGGUCCGCCACGCAGCGCCGCCUGUCCCGCAUCGGGGCCAAGAAGCUCCCCAUCACCUCCGAAGAGGAGCUCGCGCGGCACCGGGCCAGCCUGCACCGUCUUUCCGGAGGGCAGAGUCUCUACGGGCCCGGGGGAGAGGACUGCGGGCACCAGGCAGGUUUGGGACAAGGCGGGCCCUCCAAGCACUACAUGCACUGCGGGGCGAGCGGGUACGAGGACUUCCCCGAGCCCUCGCCGUACCAUGGCUACCGCCAAGGAGCAGGCGGCUCCUAUAGCCCCCCAGUGCCGUAUGGCUACCCGGAUGAGGAGAGCUACUUCCAGGCACCAGGCAGUUAUGGGGACGGGUAUGGAGGGGCGUCAAAUUUUGAGACCUACCCGGGCGAGGAGGUGGAAGACGAGUACGGGCUGUACGCGCACGGCGGGGACUAUUAUGAUGACCCCCUGCAGAGCCAGUACGGCUACGAGGAGUACGAAGACCAGAGCGCCGCGGCCCCGGCCCGCUACUCCCUGUACGAGCCCUACGACCACUACGGGGGGGACGCGGACUACUACGAGGACCAGGCGGGGCUGGACGGCUACUACGAGGACCAGUACAGUGCCCCCAGUGGGAGUUACGGCCCGGGGGCCGAGGACACGGGGUACCCAGAUGACGACUACCCUCCGGGUGAAACAGGUUACGACGACUACGCGUGGGCGCCUCAUGCUCAGGCUUCCUACAACCCUUACGCCUACCCCUUGGACGACAUCCUGGAGCUGGAGGAGGCAGAGAACGGGGAUGGGGAUUAUCCCUUCUUCGAGGAGCCGGGCCCCGAGGACGUGCUGCCCUCCCGGCUGCCGCUGAACAGGCAGUUCCGGCUCUUCCCCAGGCCGCAGGUGAAGCUGUUCGGCCAAGACAAGCUGGACGUCACCCUCCCGCCGUCCCCGCACCUGCAGCAAGAGGAGGACGACUACAACCCCUACGAGCCGCGCGCCGCGCCCUUCAGCCCGUUCGGGGGCCACCCGGGCAGCUUGCCGGGCACGCGGGCUCCCGACGCGCCGGCCAGGCAAUACGGGAGCAGCCCCCUGGGCCAGUUCUUACUGAAGUCCCUCUCCCAGCCCAAACCCAUCCUGAAGCACCGGGGGCCGGAGGCGAAGGAGAGGCCCCCCACGCCGGCUCCCUUCCGGCGGGUGGUCUCCUCGCUGUUCGCUCAGAGGCAGGCGUCGUCCCCGCAGCCCUCGGCCAGGCCGAGCGCCACGUCUUCCCCCAAGCCGGGCCGGUCGCCGUCGGCUCAGCUCGCCGUGAGGCGGUUCGACAUCCCCCAGGACGACCCGCCGCGCCGGCCCCCGGCGGCCGAGCCGGCCUACAAGCGCUUUGGCCACAAACUGGCUGGCAUGGGGGCCCUGGACCCGCCGCUGAGAAAAUUCGGGCACAGCAAUAAUAACAACGCCCAGCGGCUUUCCCCGCAGCCUGCCCGGCAGAGCGAGGCCCGCUGCCCCUCACCAGACUCCGGCUCCAGGACGCAGCCGGGACCCCGCGGUCCCCCUCCAUCCCUGCGCUCCCUCGUGCGGACCGCGGGCUCCUCCGCUGCCCCUUCUCCCUCGCCGAGCAGGCCCAUCGGGGCCCGAGACGGGGCGUCCUCCUCCUUCUCCGCCUCGUGGGGGCCCAACCCCACUGGGGCCCCGGCACGGAGAGACUCCACCUUCCUGUGCGUGGCAGCUCAUGACCGUUUCAUGAGCCAGCGCGUCUCCUCCCCGCGGCCCGCGCCGAGGUGUGCCAGAAGCCUGCGGAGCGACAGGCAGGCGCCCCUCAAAACCGGCCUGCUGCGUUUCGCCGCAGACGCGCUCAGCUCAGGCUUCCCGGUCGCCUCCGCGCCGCCUCGCCUGCGCCCACGGCAGUCCGGCUCCUUUCCUGCCGCGGGGAGGAGCGUGAGCCACGCGUCGCUGCUCCCCCAGGCGUGGAACAGGCAGACGGAGCCCCCCACCAAGGCCGUGAAGCCUGUCAUAAGGAGCCAGUUCAUGAAGCAGCUGGGCCGCCCCCCCGGCUCCCUGUCCCCCCGCGAGCUUGGCCAGACCCCCUCCUCGCAGAUGCUGGCGGGUCAAGGCGGGCGGCGCGUUACCAUCCAGGAGGCUCCCAAGUCGGCCCACGAGUGGGUGCCCGCCGUCCUGGAGGACUACGGGCCCACCGGCAGCAAGGCCUCUGUGCGGGACGGAGAGGUGGUCCCGAGGGCCUGGGACGUGCUGCGGGCAGCCGACGCAGACCCCACCACGCACAACCCCUUUCUGCAGCAGGACGGGCAGCCCCGGGCGAGCUGGGGUGCAGCGCCCAGGGGGAACCCUUUCCUGAAGCGGUUUGGACAGCCGGGUGCCAGCUCCCCGCAGCACUUGAGGUGCCCCCCUGCGCAGGGACCCUCUCAGAAGCCAGCAUCCCCCACGCCGUCGCCCAGGCUCGGUCAGGCCUUCAGCUGGGCCCCCUCCGUGCCGGAGGACUACGAGCCGCCGGGCGUGUACGUGAACGAGGACCUGCUGACGGAUGAGGGCGCAGGGCGGUACGCGGUGGUGACGCCGCAGAUCCAGCGGCUGAGCUCCUUCCAGCGGGCGUCUCACCGCUACAAGCAGCACUGGUCCAACCAGCACACGGUGCACAUCCGCGAGAUGCCCAGCGUCUGGUGCUCGGAGAGCGGCGUCCGCCACCUGCCCAGCGAGACCCGCCGGUGGGCCAGCCAGCGAGGAGGAGGAGGAGGAGGAGGAAGGGGUGGCCGAGGGGGCACCGCAUCUGGACACCUGACUCGCCAUGCCUCGCUGCCCGCUCGGAGAGAUGGAAGCCGCUGGCCCGUGGUCAUUGGGGGCAAGAGGCUGGCCUGGGCCAAGAAGAUGCACGCUAUCCGCCACCUGCCCUACCUGUUCCGGGAGUGCCGGGAAGAGGAUGGCGUGGAGGACAUGACGCAGCUGGAGGACCUGCAGGAGUUCGUGGUGCUGUAUAACAUCAGGAAGAGGUUUGAGCACGAGCUGAUCUACACCUAUAUUGGAAGCAUCUUGGUGUCCGUGAACCCCUACAAGAUGUACAACAUCUACGGGACGGACCAGGUGCUGCAGUACGAAGGGAAGGCGCUGGGCGAGAACCCACCGCAUCUCUUCGCUAUUGCAAACGUCGCCUACAGCAAAGUGAUGGAUGCCAAACGCAACCAGUGUAUUAUCAUCAGUGGUGAAAGUGGCUCAGGCAAAACAGAAGCCACCAAGCUGAUCCUGCGUUACCUGGCCGCGGUCAACAAGAAGCGCAGCGCAACACAGCAGAUCCUGGAAGCGACGCCCUUGCUGGAAUCCUUCGGAAAUGCCAAAACCGUGAGGAACGACAACUCCAGCAGGUUUGGGAAAUUUGUGGAAAUCUUUCUGGAGGACGGCUUUAUCUGUGGUGCCAUAACCUCGCAGUACCUUCUUGAGAAAUCAAGGAUUGUGUUUCAGGCCAAAGACGAAAGGAACUAUCACAUAUUCUACGAGAUGCUGGCCGGCCUUCCUUCCCAGCAGAAGCAGCGAUUCUUCCUGCAGGAAGCAGAAACGUACUAUUAUCUGAACCAGGGAGGUAACUGCGAGAUCUCUGGCAAGAGCGAUGCCGAGGAUUUCCGGCGGUUGGUGACGUCCAUGGAGAACCUGAACUUCAGCAUCGAGGACCAGAACAGCAUCUUCCGCAUCCUGUCUUCCAUCCUCCACCUGGGGAACGUCUACUUUGAGAAAUACGAGACGGACUGCCAGGAGGUCGCGUCGGUCGUGAGCGCGAAGGAGAUCCUCACAGUGGCCGAGCUGCUGCAAGUCUCGCCGGAGGGGCUGGAGAGAGCCAUCACCUUCAAAGUGACGGAGACGCUGAGGGAGAAGAUUUACACCCCCCUCACUGUCGAAAGUGCUGUUGAUGCCAGAGACGCCAUUGCCAAGAUAUUGUACUCCCUGCUCUUCAGCUGGCUCACAGACAGGACCAACAAGCUGGUCUACCCCAAGCAGGAGGCUCUCUCCAUUGCCAUCCUGGAUAUCUACGGGUUUGAGGAUCUCAACUUCAACAGCUUCGAGCAGCUGUGCAUCAAUUAUGCAAACGAGUAUCUGCAGUUCUUCUUCAACAAGAUCGUCUUCAAGGAGGAGCAGGAGGAGUAUAUCCGGGAGCAGCUGGAGUGGAGGGAGAUCUCCUUCAAUGACAACCAGCCCUGCAUUGACCUCAUUGCCCAGAAGCCCCACGGGAUUCUCCGGAUCCUGGAUGACCAGUGCUCUUUCCCUCAGUCCACCGACCACACCUUUCUCCAGAAGUGUCACUACCACCACGGCUCCAAUGACUUGUACAUCAAGCCAAAGAUGCCUCUCCCUGAAUUCACCAUCCGACACUACGCUGGCAAAGUAACGUACCAGGUGCACAAGUUCCUGGAUAAAAACUACGAUCACGUUCGCCAGGAAGUCCUGGACCUUUUCAUCAACAGCAGAACCAAAGUGGUGGCCAACCUGUUCUUCGGCUAUGCCCAGCUUCUGGCGCAGCAGCAGACGGUGGUGGGGAAGAACAGCACAGUCACGCGGCGGUAUAAGGCCCCGACGGUGGCGGCUAAGUUCCAGCAGUCGCUCCUGCACCUGGUGGAGAAGAUGGAGAGGUGCAACCCUUUCUUCAUCCGCUGCAUCAAACCCAAUGACAAGAAGGAGCCGGGGCUCUUCGAGGCAGACAUCGUCAGCAGCCAACUGCGGUACUCCGGGCUCCUGGAGACCAUUCGCAUCCGCAAAGAGGGCUUCCCGGUCCGCAUCCCCUUCCAGGUCUUCAUCCAGAGGUACCGGUGCCUCCUGGAAGUCCCGCGCAACAUCACUCCCCAUGGGGCCAACUGCGUGGAAAUGCUGAGACAGCUGUGUGCCCUACGCCCCAGCAUGUACUGCAUUGGCAUCAGCAAGCUGUUCAUGAAGGAGCACCUGUACCAGGAGCUGGAGAGCAAGCGGGACCGGGCCCACCACCUGGCAGCCCUCACGCUGCAGCGCUAUGCCCGCACUUUCUUCCUCAAGAAGCGCUUCUACUCCCUGCGCCGCAAGAUCAUCCUCAUCCAGAGUCGCUCCCGGGGCUACCUUGCCAGGCAGAGGUACAGGCGGCUGCGGAGGACGCUCAUCAAAUUCAGGGCUCUGGUGAAUGUGUACGUGAACCGGAAGAGGUAUCUCAGGAGGAAGGAGGAGGCACGCAGGCGGGCAGAGGAAGAGAGGAGAAGGGCUCAGCAGGAGCUGACCAAGAGGGAGGUGAUGGAUGUGUCACGCCUAGAAGUCCCCAUCGACCUAGUGAGGCUACUGGAGGGGGCAGCCUACAGGCAGGUACAUGCCAUGUGCAUCGCUCUGUGCUCCGCUCCCAGGAUGCAGCCGGACUCCCAGCCCACUCUGCCACUCGACAUCAACAACUACCCCAUGGCCAAGUACGUGCAGGCCCACUUCCAGAUGCCCCUGUUUGGGAUGCUCACGGUCCCACUGCCGGCCCCUCUCACCCGCGUGGACGAGGAGCUGAAGCGAGAGGCGCUCAGCCUGUUCAAGCUGAUUCUGCGCUUCAUGGGUGACCCGUACCUCAACGGCCCCCGGGAGAACCUGUUUGGGAGCUACAUCGUGCAGAAGGGGCUCUCGACACCAGGGCUGCGGGAUGAGAUCCUGGUGCAGAUCGCCAACCAGGUCUGGCGCAAUACCAACAUCAACAACGAGGAGCGUGGCUGGCUCCUUCUGGCCGCCUGCCUCAGCUGCUUCACGCCCUCCGCCCGCCUGGAGAAAUACCUGCUCAAGUUCGUGUCCGACUACGCCUUCAAUGGCUAUAAGUACGUGUGCCAGCACAAGAUCCUGCAGGCCAUGCUGAAAUCCCGGUUUGGGCCCGAGGUGGCCCGGGCUUACCCCCCAUCGCUGCUGGAGUGGACGACCAACCGGCAGAGAGCCAACAUGGCCUUGGACAUCUACUGCUUCAACGGCGACCAGUUCUCCUGCCCCGUCCACUCCUGGAGCACAGGGGAGAGCGUGGCUGCGGACCUGCUCAAGUCCAGGGGGAUAACAGAAGGCUGGCGGGGCUGGUCCGUCACCAUGAAGGACGGGGCCCAGUGGGCCGAGCUGGCUGGCCAUGACUACGUCCUGGACCUGAUUUCCGACCUGGAGCUGCUCCACGGCUUCCCCAAGCAGAAGUCGUAUUUCCUCAUCGCCUCAGAGGGGCUGGAGCAGAGCCGGGGGGCCCCCUGGGCGGUGUUUGGCCAGGGCAUGGAGUCUGAUGAGGAAGUCCCUCCACCCCCGGCCACCAAGGCACCCACUGAGCCUCCCAGCGUGGUGGACUCAGAUGGGUAUCACAGUCAGGGCUCCAGCUCCAGGUCGCCGGUGCCUGACACCAUACAGAAAGCAGAGUCUGAUGCCUCCAGUGAACCGCGAAUGCAGAAGGGCUUGGAUCAUUACCUGGACAGCCUGUUUGACCCCGUCCUGUCCUAUGGGAAUGGGGAGCUGGAGAAGCCGGCCGUCAUGUCCCAGAGGAUGAAGGGCGGUGGUGGGGUAGGAGGUAGGGGCAGCGACAGCAACCUGCAGCAGGGCGGUGCCAGGGCCCCCACGCAGAUGCCUCCGCGGCCUGGUGUGGAGCAGACCCGGAUGGCGCAGCAAGGGGCUCACCGGGAGACAGCCGGGCUCCUGACUCGUCCGAUGGGCAGGCCAGCAAUGGCUCUGCAGCAGCAAGCUAUCUACAGGGUGUCCAGCCCCAGCCCCAGGCCGGGCCUGGCACCGCCGUUCCAGAGGAGGGGGGUGAGUGGGCCACCCGGCAGGACUGCAGCCGCUCCUGGCCCCAUGCAGGAGAGACCCUUACGGAGAGCCGCAUCUCCACCCCCCCGGCGCUGGUCUGGUGAGCUGGUGCGGCACAGCAGGCUCAACUCGGAGCACUUCCCCGAGCCCACGCGCAACAUCAGGAACAUCAUCCGGCAGUACCAGCAGCCCACCCGGCUCCCAGAGACCCUCAGGAAGGAGGGCGGGAAGGUCUUUGUGAAGAAGAUGGAUCCCCACGAGGAAGCCAUGAUGAUCCUGAAGAGGCAGAUGGCCGUCGCACCACCGCCUCCCACUCUGAUGCCCAAGGAAACGGUGGCCAUGGUGAAACCUGUGACCAAGAGGCCUCCCCGGGUGACGCUGGCCCCUUCCCGGAGCCCUGUCCGUGUGGCAAUGCCAGUCAUAGUGUCCCGGGACCUGCCAGCCCAGGAGGAGCAGAUCCAGACCCAGCUGCACCGGCGCUUCAGCGAGGAGUUCUACACCUACUGCAACGUGCCCUGGAAGAUCUACAUCCGCAAAGAGGUCUUCUACCCCAAGGACAACUUCAACCACCCCCUGCUGCUGGACCUCAUUUUCAGACAGAUCUUCAACGACACGCUGUCUGACGCCUGCGUCCGCAUCAGCCCAGAGGAGCGCCAGCGCAUGAGGUCACUCUUCGCGGCCAACAAGCUGGACUCCUUCAGCCCCGUUGCCGAUGAGAGCGUCAAGAAGGAGAUCAUCAGAAUGGCCCGGGACAGCUGGGAGGUCUACUUCUCCCGCCUCUUCCCUGCCACGGGCAGCGUGGGGACCGGGGUGCAGAUCCUGGCCGUGUCCCACACAGGCAUUAAGCUGCUGAGGCUGAUCAAGGGCACCAACAUGCCUGGGGAGCAGCUGCGGGUGCUGCGGACGUAUAGCUAUGCCGACGUCCUGUUCGUGACCAUGCCCUCCAGAAACAUGCUGGAGUUCAACCUGAUCAGCGAGAAGCUCAUCCUCUUCUCCCCCAAGGCUGCCCAGGUGAAGGCCAUGAUUGACUAUUUCAUCACGGAGAUCAAGAAGGACUCUCAGUACGUGGUCGCUGUGAAGAACCACGUUGCAAUGGACAACAGCCAGCUGAGUUUCCACAAGGGCGACAUUGUCCACCUGCAGCCGCUGGAACGCCCCAAGAAAGACUACUAUUAUGGCUACGUGGUGCGCAAGAAGCUGAUGUACCUGGAGGAGCUGAAGCGUGGCACCCCGGAUUUUGGGUGGAAGUUCGGUGCCAUCCAUGGCCGCUCAGGGCUCUUCCCCAUGGAGUACGUCCAGCCUGUAGCAGCCCCGGACUUCGUGCACCUACCGGCCGACAAGAAGGAAGAGCCCAAGAACAAACGGGGCAAGGUGGCAGCCUCCGCGGCCGUGGCUGCGGCUGUGGCCUCAACUGCCAUGGCCCGGGAGCUGGGCAGGAAGGGUUUUCUGGGAGUUGUAGCCCAGGUUACAGUCAGCACGGCUCUGCGCACUGCCCCAGCUGUUACACACGUCCAUGCACGUGACAGCGGAGCACAGCUCCCAGCCGCAGGGAUACUGCUCCUCGCCCAGCCAAGCUCCUCGUUCUCUCCCCGCAGGGACUCCUUCAAACAGAAAUCCAAGAAGGGACGGGACGUGCCAGGCAUGGCAGAGAAGCUCAAGUUCACCAAGUCCCCCAUCCAGGAGUCGCUGAUCGAGUUCACUGACAGCAGCGUGAGCAAGAUGGCAGUCGAGGCCUUCCAAGCCGUGAUGAAGUUCAUGGGUGACCACCCUCUCAAGGGACAGACGGAGCUGGACAUUGUCUGUGCCAUCUUGAAGCUGUGUGGUGACCACGAGGCGCUGAGGGAUGAAGUCUACUGCCAGGUCAUCCGCCAGGUCACCAACAACGCCAGCUCCAAAACGGACAGCUCGCAGAAGGGCUGGAGGCUGCUCUACAUCCUCACUGCCUACUACAAGUGCUCCGAGGUCUUCAAGCCGCACCUGCUGUCCUUCCUGCAGGAGGUCUGCAGCAGCCCCGGUCUGCACUUCCAAGGGAUCGCCAAGGCUUGUGAGCAGAACCUCAAGAAGACUUUCCAGUGCGGCGGCCGGACCAGGUUUCCCAGCAGCAUGGAGCUCAAAGCCAUGGUGGCCGGAAGGAGCGCGAAACGACAGCUGUUCCUCCUGCCUGGAGGCAUUGAGAAGCACCUGAAGAUCAAAACCUGUUCGGUUGCGCUGGAUGCGGUUGAGGAGCUGUGCGAGGAGAUGGGGCUGCACCGGCCUGAGGCUUUUGAUGAGUACAUCAUCUUCGUGGUGUCCAGCAGGGGUCAGAACGUGCGCCCCCUGAGCCGCAGGGAGUACAUCCUGGACGUGGCCACGGAGAUGGAGCGCGUGGACCCCAACUACACCUUCUGGUGCCGCCGCGUCAUCUGGAUGCAGCCGCUCAAGUUUGACAACGAGCUGUACGUCACCGCGCACUACAACCAGGUCCUCCCUGACUACCUCAAGGGGCUCUUCAAUGUGUUCCCUCCUGUGAAGCCCAGUGACCAGCAGCUCCAGCAGAUCGCCAAGCUGGCAGCCCUGCAGCACCGGGCCAAGGACAGCCUGUAUCUGCCCACCGUCCGGGAGGUACAGGACUACAUCCCGCCGCAGUUCUGCCGCAUGCAGCACAUCCAGUCCUGGUUCAACAUGGUGAUGCAGCACAUGCAGCAGGUCCAGGCUCUCAGUGCCCACCAGGCAAGAGCCCAGUUCCUAGGGCUCGUGAGCGCCUUCCCCAUGUUCGGCUCAUCCUUCUUCUACAUUCAGAGCUGCAGCAACACCACCAUUGCCUCACCCUGCAUCCUGGCCGUCAACCAGAACGGCCUCAACUUCCUCAACAAGGAGACCCAUGAGCUGAUGGUGAUGUUCUCACUGAAGGAGGUCCAGUCGGCAAGGACGCAGCAGCCCUCAGCCGGCUCCAGCUACCCCUACGUGGAGCUCACGCUGGGAGACGUGAUGUCACAGAGCGUCACGCAGCUGCAGCUUGACCAGGGCCUGGAGCUGUGCCGCGUGAUCGCCACGCACAUGGAAAGCUUGCUGUUCGCUCGUGAGAAAAGGCUCACCCUACCGCCUAGCGAGAUCACGCUGCUCUGAACAUGCAUGGCCUGCCCCAUCCCAGCUGCACCAGCCAAAACCGCCGUGGGGCUACGGAGAUGUCUCUGCCUCCUGGCAGGGGCACAGCACCGACCUGGCGAUACCAGCUCUUGGCUGAUUCAAGUCAGCAGACGCAGCUGGUUCCAGUGAGGCUGGGCUGGUCCGUUCCCCGUGAGGACACAGCCUGGUGGCAUUAGGUCAGAGAGGGUGGGAAAGCAAAACAGAUAGGAGGAGUGGAGGAGGAAGCAGAGGAACACCAAUGCCUUAAUUAGGAUAAGGAUGCCCUCACAGACCUCCCUUGCAGUGGGGUCCUAGGACCAGGAGCAGAGACUGUUUAUUAGUGACUUAUCCAGGGAUCAUCCUGAAGCAGGCUGUGCCCGCCGGGAUGGCCAUAACCCAGUUUCUAUGGGCCACAGGCCUCCUACCUUUCGUACUCAUACCCACCUCUGCUACCGUGCCUGUCCCCGAAUCAUUAUUUUUGUAACUGGACUUGGCACUGGGGCAGCUCUCGCCUGCUCAGCCCCACUCCUGGUUUUGUAAUGUUUUGCACUUGAGGUCACGCUGAGAUUUUUUGUUUUUAAUUGACGCAAAAUUAAACCUCCCUUGGAAGCCCAAAGCCGCCUCUGCCUGGAUCUGCUGAGCAGCAUCAGGCCCUGCAGAGCUGCAGCCCUUUCCUCCACCCUGAGGGUGCCUGGGUUUUGAGUCUGGUUUCGUUUUACUGUGACCCUGCAGCUGCCAGAGAUGUGUUCUCUAUAAUGCCCUGAGCUCCCUGCAGUGCUCCUGUUCUGCCUUGUGCCCUCCCCAUUUGGGAGUUGCCUGCCUGUUCCCCAGAGAAACAGGACGGGCAAGCAGGAGGACAUCAGACUGUGAAAAGAGAUGAGCUCCAAACCACGCUCCGAUGCCUAGAAAAUAGGCCAGAUGCUCCCUAAUGAAAGAAGUACAUUUGGGCAGAGGCAAAGGGACCGUGGCUGGAGACACACUUGCCUUCACCCUCUCUCCUGCACACACUCGGCGUCAGCUGUGCCCCCGACACCAGCGCUGAGCUUGACCCUGCCCUUGCAAAGCACCUUGAUGCCCACGCUGAAGCCAGAGUCUUUCCACCCAAGCACGCUUGGCCGUGUGGCACGGUGAGGACCACGACGCGGCAGGGACAUCUAGGGUGACACAUUGAUGGCGGGGGAGACAGAUAUCCUCUGAGCCACUCCAGGCGCUGUGCAAG